CUGGAGUGCGCAGGGGCGGUGUACGGGGCCGGGGGGCGCAGCGCCCUCCAUGCGCCGAGGCGUGCCUCGAGACACGCCCCGAGACAGCCCGGGGCCGGCAUUGCAGCCGCCGCCCGCGCUGAGCCGGGGCGCGGCCCGCGGCCCCAGCUCUGCCGCAGCAUGAGCCAAGCCGAGCUGUCCACCUGCUCGGCGCCGCAGACGCAGCGUAUCUUCCAGGAAGCGGUGCGCAAGGGCAACACACAGGAGCUGCAGUCGCUGCUGCAGAACAUGACCAACUGUGAGUUCAACGUGAACUCGUUCGGGCCGGAGGGCCAGACAGCACUGCACCAGUCAGUCAUCGACGGCAACCUGGAGCUGGUGAAGCUGCUAGUCAAGUUCGGCGCCGACAUCCGCCUAGCCAACCGCGACGGCUGGAGCGCGCUGCACAUCGCCGCUUUCGGGGGCCACCAGGACAUCGUGCUCUAUCUCAUCACCAAGGCCAAGUACGCAGCCAGCGGCCGGUGAUACCCACCCCGACCCCGGACCCUUGUCCCUCACCCGUGUCGUCUCUGCUGUACGUUCCCGUCAACUACCUCGGUGUGCGCCAGGUUUGCUGCCCUGCGUGGAAAUCGAGCUAGGUCUCCACGUUCGCGGCCUCGACCGAAGCGGCGCGUCCGUGGCCCCCAGGGUCCCGCUCUCCGCAAAAGAGCGCCUCCCCUCGGCUGUCCUCGGAGCCCCGCGGGGCCCCAGCGCCUUCCCACGGCCCCCGACCGCCUCCGGGGUGGGGGCGGGGCGCAGGCUCCUGCCCAUUUUGAAAUUUGAGUCUCACACCGGGAGACUUCGGAAUCCCGAGAUACCGGAUCCUCCGCUUGAAAUGUUUUCUCGGGAAGGUGAAAGGCGCGGGCGGACUCGCGCUCCCGCCGCCGCCCGUGGGACCCGCCCGCA